AGAGAUUGCAGGCCCAGCGGGAGCAGGAGCAGGAGCAGGCGCAGGGGCUGGGGCUGGGGCUGGGCUUGGGCUUGGGGCUGGGGCAGGCAAGCGCCGGACGGGGGCAAGGGAACGAUGUCUUAGUUCAUGCUAGCGAGUGGGGCUCGAAGGAGAAGGAGGGGGAGGGGCAGCGCGUGCGACGAUUCUAGGGUGCCGUGCAGAGGAGGAAGAGGAGGAGGAGGAGGAGGAGGUGCUGGAGCUGGAGCUGGAGGGCGGACAGGGAUUGGGGAAGGUCGGAAGCAGCAGAGGCAGAAGGCAGGCCCCGGUCUCCGUCCGGUGCCACAGCUAUGGCGACCACCCAAGUGCGAGAAUGGACAGGCCUGCAGCAGUUUCCUGCCCAAACCCAGACGGCUCUGCAUGCGCUGCUGGGAAGGUUGAGGCUGGAGAGUAUGGAGUCCUUGACUGUUCUCGUAUUAGGGAAAGGAGGAGUUGGCAAAAGUUCCACCGUGAACUCUUUGGUCGGUGAAAGGGUGGCAGUCGUCAGUGCAUUUCAGUCGGAAACAUUGAGACCCAUUCAGUGCUCGCGCUCGAGGGCCGGCUUCACUCUGAACAUCAUCGACACUCCUGGACUAGUGGAAGGUGGCUGUGUGAACGAUCAAGCACUUGACAUCAUUCGAAGAUUUCUCCUGAACAAAACCAUCGACGCAGUGCUCUAUGUGGACCGACUGGAUGGUUAUCGUGUAGAUAACCUAGAUAAGCAGGUCAUUCGAGCCAUCGCCCGGAGCUUUGGACCUGAAAUCUGGCGCCUCGGUCUAGUGGUUCUCACGCACGCCCAGCUCUCACCUCCGGAUGGUGUGGAGUACUCCGACUUUGUGGCCCGAAGGUCAGCAGCUUUGACAGCUGCCAUUCGUCAAGAAGCCGGAUUCAAGAAAUCCGAGGAUCCGGUGCCCGUCGUGUUGGUAGAAAACAGUGGAAGAUGCAAUACAAACACGGAUGGAGAAAAGAUUCUCCCAGACAGUACCGUUUGGCUACCAAACUUGGUAGAGAAGAUUGUUGAGGUUGCUACUGGUCCGACGAAGUCACUUCUUAUCGACAAGAAACUGAUAGAAGGUCCAAACGCCAAUCAAAGGCACAAAAUUUGGAUACCUCUUCUCCUCCUUGCUCAGUAUUUCAUUAUUUUGAAACCAUUACAAGCAAGAAUCAACAAGGACAUCGAGGAGGAGAAGUACAAUCGGCCACAGUGGGAGAUCAGGGCGGAGCAGUUCAGAAGAAGUUCCAUGCUCGAGGAAGAUAGGGCUGAUGAGCAGGCCAUCACCGAUGCCUUUAAGCAAGACAACCUCGAUGAUAUUGGUGACCUCGGUGACCAAUUCGAUGGUCUUGACGACGAUGACGAUGAUGAUCUGUAGAGCAGAGAUUACAUACAAUCAGUCCGUGUGACUGGAAUUUGCAUUUGAUUCAAGUGCAACUCACUUUUUGAUGAGGAGAAUCCAAUCCAAUCUAACAUUCGCAGGUUAUGAGGACAGUAGGUUCUGGUUUGCUACGUUUUUGUAGAAGUGCAGGGGCCAAGUGAGUACUUGUACUAUAGUCAGGUAAGGCAAAAUUUCAAAAUAUCGCUGAGGUUUAUUUUUUGAUAAUUACGACUAAUGAGUUCGCAGGUUUCAUUAAAACUUGUGUAUUUGUUGA